AAAAAAGUGUAGCCCCAAUCUUCGAAAAUUAAAAAACUCAAAACCCAAAAUAUUGAUUGAUUGAUUGAAAAUACGCUGCAAAUGUAAAUUAUUUUUUUCUAAAAAUUAACAAAUAACUGAAUAAAAUGCGUCGAAAUAAUUUUUAGUUAACACGUCGCUUAAGUGCUAGUCUUGUUUUUGUUGGUGUUGGUUCUUUGAGUGAUACGAAAUGGUGAUUCAAAAGAGUUGGAGUAACGUUGAAGCGACGCCUCAAAAUACGCCUGAUAAUUCGGCUAGCAGUUCAUGGAAUUUUCAGGCUCCGACCAAAACGCUAAUUGUACGUGCUAGCGACACAAGCGCAGCAAACAUGCAGAAACAGCCAAUAACACGGCAAAUUGCCAUCAACACACUUGCUGCUAUGCACCGACGAUUCAGCCUUCCCGGUCCAGUUCAACCUCAUUCAAGGCCAAUAGCAGAGUUCCGGGCGAGUGCUAACAAGUCCCUGGAUAUGUUAAGACAGACCAUACAGUCGGCCGUCACAAGAGAGAUUGAUCAAGUCAUCAAAAAGUACCUGGAGAAAUUUUUCGUUCCUGCUGUUAACAAUAUAAGGCUGAAUUUGGGAGAUGAAUCAGUGAGUGAAGAUCAGGUGCGAGCAGUAUGCCGAGCUAUGUUGGACGCAACGCGACUCCUGUACACAACGCCACCAAAACCUACCCCGUCACCUCAAGAGCACAGUGAUUCCGAAUCCAACAAUAGCACAGACACCAAAUUCACCAAGCAGUUGCAGAGUCCAUCCCAAAAGCGCAAAGAAGUGGAACUAGAUACCGAUUUGGGCUUCAGACGCAAGAAAAUAAAGCAAGAGGACAAUUCGGACAGCGCUUCUUCGUCCCCUCUGCCGUCGCCAGCCUUGAGAGACCCGGAGAAGUGGAAUCCUUCAAGACUCACCCAAGACACAUUGUUCAUUAUGGGGUCUCACGCACAUAAAGUAAAUAUAUUUUUAAAUGUUCAUUAUGGGGUUCUGGGACUGGGAAACUCGCGCGGGCGCCUGUACACCAGACACGCCGGGUUGCUCCGUUACCCUGCGGACAGCGCUGAUAAAGAGUGGAUAGCCAGCCACAACUUGGUGAAUGCUGUUGGCGGGAAAACUUACAUCAUGGUAUUAGAAGACAUUGAAGAGCUAGCAAAAAGCGAUGCGUACAAACACAAUUCCUUGCCGAUGCUCGGCGAACUAACGGGCUUCAAAGUCCCUCCAUUCAUGCUCCGCAAAAUAAAAACAUACAUCACCAAAAGAAUCAUGAGUACCGACAACGUAGAAAGCCCUCAACCGUCCACUAGUAACCCCGAAGAAGUGAAACUGGAAGAUAUAAAGAUAGAACCACCGUCUUCGAACUAUGAUAGCAAUAAUUUCAACGCCAGUCAGUAUAUCACUAGCUCAGAUGAUACCAGGGACUUCCCCGAAGUACCCAGUCUGAAGGACGAUGGAGAUUUCGCUGAUAUAAAAGUCGAGGACAUUGAUGACAUAAAGGUGGAUAACAUAAAAGUUGAGGAUUUGGAUGAGAUAGACAAAGUCGAUGGAAUCAAAGUCGGCGAUUUAGAUGUGAGCGUCAAAAUUGAGAGCAUUGAUGACAUUGACGGUAUCAAAGUUGAGGAUAUAAAACUGGAAAAUGACGAUGCGUUUUCGCUUUGUAAAGACACUGACGAUGAUCAGAAUCCAUUGAUCGAUGGGCUUGUGGAAGCCGAUAUAGAGUUUUUGAGCAGGAACUUGGGAAAUAUCGAGAGCGAUGCUGACGCUAGGAAGGCUAUUGAGAAACUGACGGGGGCUAAUCCAGAUACCAUUACUUUGGUUGGCGAUGAGUUCGACUUGGGAUCUACACUUAACAAUACUACUGCCAAUACUAAUUUGUAA